GCGGCGCUGGUGAUGCCGCCGCCGCCGCCUCCGGUGCUGCCUCCCGCGUCACCCCUCACGGCGAGCGAUGCGAUGAUGGGGUCGACCUCGAACCCCUUUGCAGGAGGGCUCGGUGGGGUCGGGGAGCCGCCCAGGAGGGCCGUCUCAAGGGCUGUUCCGAGAAUCAGCGCUGCAGCUGAUGUCUCGGCCCCCGGGAGAAGGUAUUAUGAGGCGCCCAUGAUGCUUCCCCCGCCGCCUGUCGCUCCAUUGCAGCUCUCGAUGGCCGAGAUGCGGGUGAUUGCCUCCGUUGAGGCACAGCUCGGAGAGCCCUUAAGAGAAGAUGGACCUGUUCUUGGCGUGGAGUUCGAUCCACUCCCUCCCGGUGCUUUUGGGGCUCCUAUAGUUCCAGCACAACAGAAGCAGCCUGUGCGAUCAUAUGAUAGCAAGUUUUUUUUGAGGCAUGAUCCAAAGACAAUAAAGUCAUCAGCUCUCUUGCCUGGUAUGGAGCACUCUUUUAUGCCAAGUUCAUCAAGUGCAAAGAGAAAGGCAGUUGGAGGUUCACAUGCAGUCCAUCCUCAUAUGGGUUCAAGGGCUCUUCAUGAAUACCAGUUUCUUCCUGAGCAGCCAACUGUCCUAUCGGAAAGUUAUGAAAGGGUUCCUCGGAGUCAUUUCUAUGACUCUUCAGUGGAAGCUCCGAAUGCGAGAGUUCCUUCUCAUUCAGGGUCCCAAUAUGUGCAUGGAGCUGAGCAGGUUGCUCCUAGCUAUACUUUUCAAGGUCAUAUGUCAAGUAGUGGCAUUUUGACCCAAUCUGGCAGGCCAGAAAUUUUUUCUUCAGUUUCAACAGACUAUGACAGCAGUCAACACGGCAACUCUUUUGGAAAUGCCUCUGCUGACACUCAGCUUGGUCUCCAUCAAGUUGUUGGAUUAGAGAGUCCAUUAGUGUCUGAUAGGAGGGUUUAUCGUGAAGAAGAUACUUCUCGAGUUGAGAGGAAGCGUAAACUGAGUGAAGAGGCAAGAAUUGCGAAGGAAGUUGAAGCCCAUGAGAAACGGAUUAGGAAAGAACUUGAGAAACAAGAUAUGAUGAGAAGAAAGAGAGAGGAACAAAUGCGGAAAGAGAUGGAGAGACAUGAUCGUGAAAGAAGAAAAGAAGAAGAGAGGAUGUUGCGUGAAAAGCAGCGAGAGGAGGAGAGGUUCCAACGGGAGCAAAGGCGUGAAAUUGAACGUAGGGAGAAGUUCUUGCUCAAGGAAUCCCGUAGAGUCGAGAAGAUGAAGCAGAAAGAAGAAUUACGAAGGGAGAGGGAGGCGGCAAGGCAAAAAGCUGCUAGUGAAAGGGCUACCGCUCGCAGAAUGGCUCGGGAAUAUAUGGAACUUAUUGAAGAUGAGCGCUUAGAAUUAAUGGAGUUGGCUGCACAAAGUAAAGGGUUGCCUUCGAUGUUUUCGCUUGAUAGUGACAGUUUGCAGCAACUUGAUACAUUUAGAGAAAUGUUAAGUGCAUUUCCUCCCAAAUCAGUACGGUUGAAGCGACCUUUUGCCAUCCAGCCUUGGAUUGAAUCUGAAGAAAGCAUUGGGAACCUUCUGAUGGUAUGGAAGUUCUUAAUUACCUUUGCUGAUGUGCUUGGGCUUUGGCCGUUCACCCUUGAUGAGUUUGUACAGUCUCUUCAUGAUUAUGAUUCAAGGCUGUUGGGGGAAGUCCAUGUUGCUAUGUUGAAAUCUAUCAUUAAAGACAUCGAGGAUGUUGCAAGGACUCCUGCUGUUGCAAUGGGGGUUAAUCAGAAUAGUGCAGCUAAUCCAGGAGGUGGUCAUCCACAGAUUGUUGAAGGGGCAUAUGCUUGGGGCUUUAAUAUCCGCAGCUGGCAGCGGCACCUGAAUUUUCUUACGUGGCCGGAAAUAUUGCGACAGUUUGCUUUGUCAGCUGGAUUUGGGCCUCAGCUAAAGAAAAGAAAUGUUGAGAGGGUAUAUUACCGCGAUGACAAUGAGGGUCAUGAUGGUGAGGAUGUGAUUUCCACUUUACGAAAUGGUUCUGCGGCUGAAAAUGCUGUUGCUUUAAUGCAUGAAAGGGGCUAUGCUCGCCGAAGUAGAUCUCGGCACCGCUUAACGCCAGGAACAGUUAAGUUUGCUGCUUUUUAUGUUCUAACUCUUGAAGGAAGCAGAGGUCUCACAAUAUUAGAAGUUGCUGAGAAAAUUCAGAAAUCUGGACUGAGGGACCUUACAACAAGCAAGACACCGGAGGCAUCUAUUGCAGCGGCAUUGUCACGGGAUACAAAACUUUUUGAAAGAACUGCUCCCUCAACAUAUUGCGUGCGUUCUCCAUAUAGAAAAGAUCCUGCUGAUGCCGAGGCCAUUCUGUCAGCUGCACGCGAAAAGAUUAAAGAAUUUCAAAACGGGCUUUCUGAUUCUGAUGAAGGAGAGAAAGAUGCAGAGGAUGCAGAUGAUGCUGAGAGGGAUGAUGAUUCCGAUUGUGAUGAUGCAGAUGAUCCUGAUGCCGAUGAUGCGAAUUUUGAAGAAAAAAUGGAUAAGAACGCAAAUGAAACAAAAGAUGCUAGAUUACCAGCUUCAACUGGUAACAGGAAGAUUGAACCACAUGAUGAGGUUGCACUAACCCCUAUCAUUGGCUUUGGCAAAUCAGAAAAGGGCUCUACAAUUCCUCCUUCAGACAACUCGAAGGUGAUAAAUACUUCAGGUGCUUCACAAUCUCUUGAAAUUAGUUCUACUUGCCAUGAAGUUGGUAGUGGCGAUGUGGAGGAUACCGAGAUCGAUGAGAGCAACUAUGGUGAGCCGUGGGUUCAAGGUCUAACUGAAGCUGACUAUUCUGAUCUCAGUGUUGAAGAGCGCCUUAAUGCCCUUGUUGCGCUGAUAGGCGUGGCCAUUGAGGGAAACUCAAUACGUGUCGUUCUUGAGGAACGCCUGGAAGCAGCAAAUGCUUUGAAGAAGCAAAUGUGGGUCGAGGCACAGCUCGAUAAAAGACGUUUUAAGGAAGAGUUUGCAGGUAAAGUACAGUAUAAUUCUUACAAUGGUAGCAAGGCUGACGCAACCCAAACAAAUUCAGCAGAUGAUAAUCCUACUCCAGUACACAAUGCUGAUGACAAAGACAAUAAUGGGAAUCCAGAGCAUGCUAACAAUGAUGAUUUUGUCGAUCAGCAGAGUCAGAUUAAUGUGAACGAUAUGUCUAUUGAGAGGAAUGGAUUAGGGCAAGAACUCGUUGUAAAUCCAGACAUUUUACCCUUUCAGCAGUAUGGAUAUGCUGAAAAAUCACGGUCACAGUUAAAAUCAUACAUUGGUCACAAGGCCGAACAGCUUUAUGUUUACAGGUCAUUACCCUUGGGACAAGAUCGUAGGCGUAACCGUUAUUGGCAAUUUUCUACGUCUGCUUCGCCUAAUGAUCCUGGUUCAGGAAGAAUCUUUUUCGAGUCUAGAGAUGGGCACUGGAGGCUUAUAGAUUCAGAGAAGGUGUUCGAUGCUCUGUUAGCCUCCCUUGAUACACGUGGGAUCCGGGAAUCACAUUUGCAUUCUAUGUUGCAAAGAAUUGAGCCAACCUUCAAGGAAGCGAUUAGGAGGGCAAAGUGGAGCAAUUGUGCGAACUCGUCUGGAAGCUUUAUAAAAAAUGGACUUUCUGAAUCAAGUUCUAGUCCAGAGAGCAAUAACAGACUUGACAGUCCAAGCAGCACAAUUUGUGGUCAAGCUUCUGACAGCAUAGACUAUUCUGGAUCAUUCAAAAUUGAGCUAGGGCGGAAUGAUGUUGAAAAGGGAGCUAUUCUAAAAAGAUAUCAAAGCUUCCUAAACUGGAUGUGGAAAGAGUGUUACAAUCCUUCUAUAAUAUGUGGCAUGAAGGAUGGAAAGAAGAGAUGUUCUGAGUUGCUCCAUGCUUGCGAUUUCUGCUACCUGACUUUCUUAGCUGAAGAAAGGCAUUGCUAUUCCUGUCACAAGACAUUUAAGCCCUUUCAUUGUUCUGAUGCUAAUUUUUUGCAACACGUGUCACUAUGUGAAGAAAAGCGGAAGACGGACCCUAAUUGGAGAAUUCAAGUGUCUGACUCCUCUAUUCCCAUAGGAAUCAGACUCCUUAAGGCACAGUUGGCAGUGAUUGAGGCCUCUAUUCCAACAGAAGCACUUCAAUCAUUUUGGACGGAGGGAUAUCGAAAAUCAUGGGGUGUGAAGUUGCAUUUGUCGUCAUCUGCCGAGGAACUCUUCCAGAUACUUACUCUGUUAGAGAGUGCAAUCAAACGGGAUUAUUUAUCUUCAAACUUUGAGACAACAACUGAACUGCUGAGUUCAGCUAAUCAAGAUAUUGCUGUGGACACUGUUACUUUAUCUGGAUCAGUCCCUGUACUUCCGUGGGUGCCUGACACUGCAGCUGCCGUUGCACUAAGGAUGUUGGAUCUUGGUUCAUCAAUUUCUUACACGGGGCAUCAAAAAUUGGAAUCUAAUAAAGAAAGAGAAGCGGGAGAAUUCAUCAAGCUUCCAUAUAGGUACACAACCGUCAAGAACAUUCCGGAGUUUGAACCGAUUUUAGAAUCUCCCAACCUGUAUGAUUAUCAAAUGUCUGGAAAGUGGCUUGACCCUGGCACUGGGCGUAGGGGGCGGGGGCGAGGCACUCGUGGUGGUAGGGGAGGAGGACGCAGUCGCGGCCGUGGUGGGAGGGGGUUGAGAGGGGCCAGCAGCUCUUCUAGGCCUGAGUUGAGGGAUGAUACUUGUACUGCUUUUGAGAAGGCCGCACGCAAGUACACAAGAAGGGGCCGCACUCGCGGCAGGGGAGGUCGCAGGCGGGGCCGCCGCACCGCCCGACCUCGGCAGAGGUCGGAAAGUAGGGCUGGAACAAUCCAAAGGGGGAAUUUGUUGGGCAGUUUCAAUGAUGUUAGCACUAUUAAGCAGGAUAUUGUUGUGGAGUCUCCUAGAAGCUCCGGUGGAGAGGAGUGGGGCUUAGAGGCUAGAAGGCCAUUUGCAGAUGAUGUUGAUGUUGAUGUUGAUGUUGAUGUCGACGACGAUGAUGAGAACAGCGUUUGCUCCCAAUCUGAGGAGGAAAAUGGCCAAGCUUCGGGUGAUGAGUAUGAUGACCAGGUAGUAGAUUAUGGUAGAGGUUACGAUAGGGCCAAACCGAUGGGAAUGAUGGACGAUGAAAGCGAAGAGGAGGACGAUGGCGAAGCGGAUGAGGGGGAUGACGAUGGCGAGGAUGAUGACAUUGACCGCGGGAGGAAUGAUGGUAUGGAUGUCGAUAUGGACGAGGAUGAGGAGAUUGGAGAUGAUGGGGAUGAGGUUGGGGAUGGGGAGGAGAACGCCGACGAGGAUGAAGCGCCUUCGUCGUAUUCUUCCGAAUACAGUGAUGAUUAGUUGGGAGAUUUCUAAUCUAGCGUAUACUCUUCUUUGCCCUCUUCUGCAUUGUCAAUAGGCUGAUAUCCAGUUGAGUGUUAAUUUAUACAUCGAAAAGUCGGUUCCGCAAUUUUAAAUGAAGCAGUUUGUUGGCACCGAAAUAUGUUAGACCCAUCAGAAGAACUCUGGAGACGCCGUGCGUUAAUUGCGGACUUUUUGUUGGUAGUCAAACUCUGAAAAGUAGCAGAAAUGGUGUUCCAACCAAGUAUAGGUGCAUAGGAUGUAAAUUCGUGUCAGCCUUCUGAUUCAGGCCUUUUUUAUGUAUCUUUAUCUUUCGAAACUAUACAAGGUUAUUUACAAAGUUAAUCCGUAUAUUCUAAAGCUUAUUUUCUCUCUGUUAAUAUAAUUUCAAUAUGCCUUGUGCUUAAAA